GCAGGACACUGACAAAAUGGCCACCAUCCGGCGGACUGACAUAAUACAAAAGAAGUAUUCUAAGGGUAGGCCUGCAAAAUCGAAACGUGAAAUAACACAUAAACGCCAAGAAGCAUACAGAUGGCGAGAUGCAAGACGUGUUUAUUUAGCUAGCUCGUUUGAUCGUUGGAGAAAGCUGAGAUCCACUUUAAAAUUGAAAGAUUACAGUCUGGCAUGGCAUUUGAUGGAGGCUCAUGAAAAAAGCCAGUGUUCCUUAUGCCGGCAUUCAAAUUCAGGAUCUUUACCCAGUGAAAGGCAAAGAAUAUCUUUGAAAAAUGAUAAAAAAGAAUUUCUACCUUCACUAAUAGCGUCAGUCAGACAAUUAUGUCAUAAGUAUUUUGACUUUGAAGACAGUAUUGAAAUAGUUGGACUUAUUUGUCUGGAAUUCGAUAAAUGCAGAAAAGAAAAUUUCAGCUUAAAUGAACUUAUUAAAUCAGGAUUAAAGCCAGCUGUUUCCAACUAUAUAUCAGAAGAUCUUCAGGACAAUUCUAGUCUUUCAAACCAAAUCAAUUGCAAUAUGUUAUUACAAAGUAGUAAUGAUAUUCCACUGACAGAAAACUGUCAAACUUCCCAUACCAUACCCUCAGCAUUAACUUGUUUAAUUGACAAACCUUAUUUAUAUGCUCAAUCAAAUGAAAUCACAAACACUGCUGAAAAAAUCAACCACUUUGCUGAAUCUUUAAAUAGAUUGCCAAUAAAAGUCCAAGUGCAUGAUGCUUCUCUUAAAGAAACACCAUUGCUGGUCAGUGUUAAGAAUGACAGUAUUGAAUUUAACAAAAGUAAGGAUUGCCACGACACAGACAUAGUGGAAGACAGUAUUUCUAAAGUGGAUGUCAACUUAAGCUCCGAUAGUGAGCCCUCUUUAGAAAUUGAUAUUGAAAAAAUGGAUACUUCUCAAGAAGAUGAAAUAGAAACAUCCGAUGACCAUAAUAGACAACAAAAUAAUGCUUUACCUUCAUCGUCUCAGUUCUCCACUCCCUUUUUGUCAGAAAACACUUCUGAAAUCUUACCUUUGAGGCAAGAAAGCACUUCUAAAAUAUCUAAUGAAAAGGCUGUUGAAUCUAAGUUUCAAAGGUGUGAUGCUGCUCCUGAAUCAAAUGGUGAAUCUCCAUUAGAUAUGUCCAUGUUGAAAUCCACUGUAAAGCAAGAGCCAGUUUUUGAUGGCUUUGAUCAGAGGCCAGAUUCUAAUGUCAGUGAAAAUGUGUCUCAUAAAUUAGCAGCUGGUGACCCACUGUCUCAUCAAACUCGUCCUCAUUUUAAGAAAAAGAUGACAGAUGUAAAGUACACUGGGUCAAACAAACAAUUAUGUUGGAGUGAACGUCUUCCCACUACAUAUAAUCAACAGAAAGAGGAACUCCAGACAUGUAUACCUUGGCAGAGAAGAGAUAUGUCACGCAAAGAAGAAUAUGAAUAUUUAGAAUUUCAUCCUUUUUCUGACCUUGCAGAGUUUAGUCAGCAUUAUCCUCAUGUUCAUCAACGCACUUAUUACCGAUGGAAACGUAGAAUCAAAGAAGAGUUCAUUAUUUUAGAACAAUGUCCAGAGAUGAGUUUUCAGGACUUCAGUAGCAUUGUUCUACAAGCUAAAGAAUCUGUCUAUCACCUUUGGAAGUCUCUUAUUUCACAGGGUAAAGGAUUUUUCACACCUUCUGAUUCAUCGAAACGUAUAGAAGCAAAAUGUUCAAUCAAGUCUGUCUCUCAUAGUGGUGAACUUUUGUAUUUGCAAAAAAACUUAUCAAUUAAUUAUGAUCAGUUUUGUCAGCAGUAUCCUGGCGUAUCAGUGGAUAUCUUCAAUGUCAUGAAAAGAAAAGUAAUGCAAGAGUUCUGGUUGUAUUAUCAAAAUCAACAUAUGAAUUUUAAAGAGUUUUCUAAGCUUGCCAAUGUCCCUGAAGAGGUUUUUAUUGUUUGGAAAGAUUAUAUUGAUAAUUUGAAGUCAAACCCAUCCUCUCCAAGUCUGAUAAGUACUGCUGGAGUUUUAUCACCUAGUCCAUCCAUGGCUCCUCCACCAUUUCAGUCAGUUGGUAGUCCAAAGUCUUCUAACUCUAGCAUUCAUUCACAUUUAUCUGAAGACAGAAUUUUCAGUAGUUUGAAUGGGAGUUCUCCUUAUGCAGAUUCAGGGUCUGCAACAUCUUUGAAUGAAUCCAUUGCAAGAAAUUUGUCUGCAAGUUACUUAGCCUCGUUACAAAGCAUGAUGUUCCCAUGGCACAACUAUUAUGGAAUGACUUCUCCGUUAGGCCAACAAAUGCUACCUAUGAUGUUAUGGCCACAAAUGAUUGGAUUAAGUAAUCCAUUAAACUUAGCUCCUGCUUCUAACUCUGCUAGUGCUGCCUUGACAGCAUUACAGCUGCCUACAGUGAGUCAUUCUGAGUCGGCUGUUUAUGAAAAUCAACCAGAUGAGGUAGCCAACAAGUCUCAGACUUUCCAACAGCAAGGUGUUAAAAGGACUGCUGCUGAUGAUGAGACAUUUCUGAGUUGUGAAAAAAAGAUGAAAGUCUCUAGUGAAAAAGAAGACCCAGAUUUUUGGGGCAGCAUAAGUAGAUCAAGAAAACAAAAUAAACAAGAGUAUGUUUAUUAUUUAAAAAAUCCUGAGCUUGGGUUUAAAGAAUUAGAAUCGUUAUUUCCAAGUAUAUCUCUGAGGACAUUUUACAGGUGGCGGAAAGAAAUGAAUGCUGCUGUUAUGUUACUAGAAGAUAAUAAAGAUAUGAAUUACCAUCAAUUUCAAAUGGUUUUCCCAGAUAUUCCAGAAGAAGUCUUUGAUUUAUGGAAAGAAAAAUCAGAAAAAAACAAUUUAUCGUCUACUACUAAAGUGGAUUCAUUGUUCUGCAAUAAUGUUGACCAAGCUGAUACAAAUUUAAUUCAUCACACAGUGAAAGACAGAAAUGAAGUGACAGAAAGUACUCUUCUCAAAUCUAAUGUAAGUGAUGAAACUACCCAUCAUAGGAAAUACAAUAAAGAAGAAUAUAUAUUUGUGCAGAAGAAUCCUGAUAUUGAUUUUGCUACUUUCUCUAAGCUUUAUCCCAAUAUCUCUGUUAGAAGUUUUUACAGAUGGAAGAAGGAAUUAAAGGACGCAGUGGAUUAUUUAAAAGUUAACCCAGCAAUUACUUAUGAUGUAUUCAGGAGCAUGGACUCAAGUGCCACUGAAGAAAUAUUUAAUAUAUGGAAAACAUUGGCUUGUAAUGAAUAUCAUUUUGAAGAGACUAAUAAUGAAAGCAGUGAGUCUCAAGAAGACAAAGAUUUUAAGCCCAUGGGUCUUGUCAACAGAAAGUACAAUGGACCAGAGUAUAGUUUUUUACAACUUAAUCCCUAUAUUGAGUUUUCUCAAUUUUCACGAACAUAUCCUGAUGUCCCUAAGCGUACAUUUUAUCGCUGGAAGCGAGAAAUUCAGCAAAUUAUCAAUUAUAUCAGAACACAGCCGAAUGUCAAAUUUUCAGAUAUAUCUGUAAUAUUGCCAGAAGUUUCUCAAGAAAUAUUUGAGAAAUGGAAAGAUUCAGCCUGUUAUGAGGCACCAGUAGAUGAUUCAGCUAGCAAUAAUAAUGCAGCUACUUUGCAGGUAUCUGAUGAGGUAAAAAUAUUUUGUAAAAAUACAAAUGAUGAACUGGCUAAAAAUAAAAUGACAGAAGCACUUUUAUGUUUGAUGGGAAACCCUACAGUCAGUUUUCAACAGUUUAGCCUUCAGUUUGAUUAUGUCUCACCUAUUACAUUUGAGUUGUGGCUGAAGAGAAUUCAAAAAGUCUUGACACAUAUUGCAUCAAAUCCCACUAUUGAUUAUUCUACUUUCAAUUCUAACAUCAAGGAUAUAACAGAAGACAUUUUUGAACUCUGGAAAAAUUUGGGGCCAGAUGAUAUGGCAACCAUAGAAGCCUCAUGUGAAGAGGCUAAAAAUGCUGGCAAAAAAGUAGGUUUAGACCAAAGCAUGGAUCACCAAGAAACUUCUCCUGUAGAUGAAGAUAUUCUACAGAAAGCAUAUGAAUAUUGUCAGAAUAAUCCAUUUGAAACUGAUAAAGGUUUUCAAUUACAUUUUCCAGAAAUAUCUACUAACUUGUAUACUGAAUGGAAAGUACAAAUCAAUGAAGCAGUUCAUUUUGUUCAAAGUAAUCCUAACAUAACAUUUGAACAAUUUGUUGAAAUGUUUCCUAAAACAAAAAGAGAAAUUUUUAAUAUUUGGAAAUAUAAAAGCUUGUAUGCUGCUGGAGAUCCUGCUCUGACAAGCUCACUUAAUGCAGUGUCUAGUGAGAAAGAUACCCAUGUUGAAUUCUCCCAUAAGCCUUCAUCUUGUUUGGAAGCAGGAUUUGCUGGAGCUGAAAGUGAUACAAGUCUACCUAGGAGUGAGGCUGACCUGGAAAAUGAAAAGACUAUCACAAAAGACAAAGUGCAUUAUGAAGAUAAUGUCAAUAAAUGUGAAAAUUUGAAGCCAUCACUCAGUCAAUUCACAAAAAGCGUCAGUAGUGAAGAGAAUAUGUCUCCAAGUUCUUCCGCCAAUGUCUCAAAACAAUCAUUCAAAACUGUGUCUCUUGCUGAAAACUUAUAUAAAAACAAUAACAAUAUUAGCCUCAAGACCAAGACAGAACUUCCCCUUGGUAAAGUGGAAGCUUUGUUACAUUGUUCAAACUCUACAAGCUCACAUCAUCUUUACAAUAAAACUGGAACUAGUCCCCUGUUAGAAGCUUAUGGCUCCAAUUUGACUGCCUCUAAUUCCUCUCUUUCAGCAUUAAUGGCAAUGUCUGGAAAUGGAGAUUCUUGCAGUAACUUAAAUCAAGCUGCUCCAGAAAAACAUACACCUAAAAAGGAUCAUGUGGCUGGAAAUAGUUGGCAGAGUUCUCCUUGGGGUUAUGUUAAAGAUGAAGACGAAGCGUUUUCUUCACAGCGACAAAAAAAGAUGAGUAGAGCUGAGUACAUGUUUGUUAAAGAUAAUCCUGAUGUUGACUCUCAGGAAUUUUCUAGAAUUUUCCCCCAAGUUUCAGCUAGAACAUUUUACAGAUGGAAGAAAGAGAUAAAAGCACAGUUGCAAAUGGCCUAGUUGUUUGUUUAUAUCAAUAUAAUUAUGCAAAGUACUAGCAAUUGUAAUCAUGUAUAGAGAUAAUAUUUAUUAUUUCUCUUUUACUUUUUACAGACAGAAUGCAAUUUUUUUUUCUAUUUUAUUGGGUUGUGUUUGCAAUUUUUUAAAAGUAUUUUUUAAUAUGAUUUCAAUUGUGAAAGGUGUUAGUUUUAUAUUUUAUUAUUUGUAAGCCUUAUGCAAGAUUGUAGAACUUACACCAUAUGUGUUCGCUUUUUUUUUUUUUUUUUAAGUUCAAUUAAAACAAUGUGCAUAAUGACAUUUUUGGUGUUGUGAAUUCAGACUGAAUUGAAAUCUCACACAAUCUUUUUUCAGUAUUCUAAUUUCAUUGUCUCCUGAACAUGGAAGGUUAUCUGCAGUUUUGACUGUAUGCUUACUAAACAAUUUUUGUUUUUCCUCUACUGUUAACAUAGCCUCUAACAUAAAUGUACAAAUAAUGUUUACCUAGCAAGUUCUUCAACUUGUACCCACAUCUCACUAUUUCACGAAUGUAAAUAGAAUAGGCAUGCCUUCCAAAAGUGAAAUGCAUUUUUUGAUCUCUUAGUGGGCCAUUGAAGCAUGAACUUAAUUGUUGUGUGUUUUUUUUUUCUUUCACAUCAGUGCAAUAGUAGAUUUGAAUAAUAAUUACCACAGUUGUUGAAAUUGUUGACUAUGAUUUGAAUGCAUUAUCCCAUGCCAUAUCAUUCUUAUGUUUACAAAAGAUAGGUACAUAUAAAAGCAUUUUGCAUCAUGCAUAUCUUAAUACCGGUAAUAAUUAUUAUGACUACCAUAAUGUUACAUUUAUUCUUGUAAGCUCUUACCAGUUCUAGCAAAAGUUGAAAAGACACUACAUACUGCUAGUCAUCCUACUUGUAAACACAAUGAAGAUAGUUUGUUUUUUUUAACAGAUAUCUCAAAAUAGUUUGAAAGUUGAAAGGUAAAUUAUUUCAUUCAAGAUAUCUGUUGUGUGAUUACACAUUUUUUUUAAUAUUUAAAAACAACAUAUCAUCUUGUGCUGAUUAUCAGAUAUCAAUGUGUGCCAACUCGUAACUGUAAUAGCAUAAUCAGAGACCUUCAAUGUUGGUAUUGUUUCUCUAAUUGUUAAUUGCAAAAAUUUUGUUAUUGCUGCUUUUUUUUUUUUUAAUUCUAGUCUUCCAUAAUGCAUCUUCAGCUCAUUUACUCACAAUAUUCUUCUGUUUACAUUUAUCUUUUAUCAACCAGCAUUGACAUUUUAUCUAUUGAUUUAUUAUUCUUUAACAACUUGGCUCUGCUGCAUUGCAUACAUUUCUUUGAUAUGAAUACAUGAUCUUAAUCAGAUAAUCAGAAAUGUAAUUGUGAAACUAACAGUAACAAAGAAUCAUAACAAAAAAAUUAGCUCUUUUUAUACAUAGCAUAAUAAAAAAAUAUAAUAUAAUGUUGGCAACACAUUUUUGUUUUAUUACCUCAUAUGUCACUUGUACUAAAACAUUUCAAAUGUAUCAAACUAUGGUAGCAGGCUUUAACUAUACUGUUUUAAGUACUUAGUUGAUGACCUUGGUCUAUUUGAGCAUGGAGCAUAAUGCAAUCAUUUAGAGAGAUCUCUAAAUAACUGUAAACUUAACUUCUGCAGUCUUCCUGUUAUUGUGGAUAGACCAGAAAAUGUUGUAAAUGCCAAUGAAAAAUUCAUGAAUACAACCCAUGCCUGAACUCAGCAAAUAUUUCUGAACAUAAAAUAGUUUUACAUUAGAUGACUAAUGGUCUCAAAAGUACAACUUUGCAAGUGGUGAAAUCUUUGAAACAUUUGAUUUUAAUUAAUUGUUUCUUCCAUUGUUGAUACUGAUAGAGAUAUUAUCACUAUAUACAAUGUCUUUUGUUUGUUAAUAGAAAAUUGUUAAACUAAAUGCAUUAUAAUGUACUUUUGCUUUUCUUUGAUAAGUUAAUCAGAUUUACACUUCAGUGCACAGAUGUGUAGCUCAGUACCAGUAGUUCUAGGGCUGCCUUUUUUUUUUUUUUUUUAAUUAUUUUUCUUAUUCUAAUAUUAAGGCUAGCAAAACAAACAAAACCUAGCAACAUGAACAUAAUUGAUAAGUUUUUCUUUAAUAUUUUAUUAAUAAGUUUUUCUUUAAUAUUUCAUUGAUAAGUUUUUCUUUAAUAUUUCAUUGAUAAGUUCUUCUUUAAUAUUUUAUUGAACACAAUGAUUUGCUGAUCAGAAACAAUUUUUUUUUUUUUUAGCGGACGUGACAUAUUAUAAUAAAGGUAUUUCUAUAAUUAACAAAUUGUACUUUACAUAUUUAAUUGGAUAUAACAGUUUAAAUGGCACUGAUGUACUUAGAAAGUAAUCUGAAUACUAUAUAAUCCAAUAAUUAAUCUUCUAAGUUCUAUUUAGACACUAAAACAGUGCCCUGCACUCAACUAAUAGGUUGAACCUAAAACAUAAUUGAUAUCUAAUACUUCUACAAUGCUCAGAUUUUUAUAAAAACAUUUUUUUUUACUUUUUCUUAAUGGUGUUAAAAUAAUGUUGUAGUUGAUUCUGCUUUUUCUUUUCUUUGGUUUGUUUUUUUUAAUCACAUAGUGCCUUUUUUCCUUGUCAUUUUUAUUUGAUCUUUUCCUGACUAGCAACAUUUGGAUCUGAAUAUUGCAAUAUGCAGCUAUGUCUCAAUUUGUGGGGCUUAUAUUUAAUGCCAUGGUCAAAUAAGUUUGAAAUUAUUUGUCUGAUUUAGAAACACUUUUUGUUUUUUAGCUUGAAAACAGUUACUUCUUGUUCUAGUUGUUUGUCCAUCACAACUCAAUUGCUUGAGAAGUUCAUGUUUUUAAAUCUUCUCACAAUUGUACAAAAUAGUUAUUACCUACUUCAUCAAUUUUUCAAUAACAAUGCUGCUAAUAUUCAAGCAAGGCGUGUUGGUUACAUUUAAUAAUUACAGCUUGGAGAUUUUUAGUUUAUGUAUAAUUGUUGUUUUCAAUACUUCAACAAAUUAUGAUUAACCACUUUGACUAAUACAUUACAAUUAACCACUUUGAUUCUCUUGAAAGCACGCAUCAAUUUACUCUUCAUUCAAGCUAUUUUUAUGGGACUUUUAAUACCAUCACUGUAUACCACAAAAUUAGAAAAUUAGACAUAGUGAAGUAUUAGUUUGACUUCUUUACUGUACAUUUUUUGAAACAUGUUUUUGAAUAAUUUUAUUAGGUAUGGAUGUAACUUUAAAUUAUGGAUUUGAGUAUAAAUUGGGCUAGAUUAUUAAGUACAUUAGUGUUAAUUAAUGUUAGUUGUACUAAAUAAGUACAUUCAUAUUUUAAAAUUAGUUAGCUCAUUGUAUUUUCAUCAUUAGAUUUGGAAGAUGUUUGUGACAAGUUCUAGCAAUGGUGAAUUGUGUUCAUAAAUGUUGGUUUAUUGUUGUCCAUAUCAUAUGAACUAGCCCUAGAAGAGCUUUCAACUAGCUCACACUUGUUUAGUUUGUGUCCACAAAACUGCUGCUAAGAUAGCAAAUGUCAACUCAAAUGUUAUAUUUGAAAAUAACUCCAUGCAUUAAGACAUAAUUGUCAGUGUUUUUGAAAACUCUCUUGUUGACUCAGAACUGCAGUAUGAAACCCAGCCUUUCUACUUUAGUUGACUGCUCAUUGACCUGUAUAUGUUUUGUUUCACUGCUUCAAAGAAAGUACAAAUGACAGUAUUACCACAUACAUGUGUGUCAUUAUUGCCUUUUUUUGUGGGGGUCUUUUUUUAUUAUUAUUUAUUUCAUUCAGUGGAAUGUGUUUAGUAUAAGUUCCAUAAUGAAAUAACAGGCAUUUACCAGUUAUUGUUAAAUCUUUUGUUAGUUAUACCAAGUGUGUUCUGAUCAGUUUUUGUCAUUUUGACCAUAAAUGUCAACUAUAUAAUAGGGUGACAAUCAGAUUUCCUGGGAUUUAUGUUGUUUCUUUUCAAUAACUGUCUCUUGGACAAACACUGUCUUUGUGGACACAGUGUGGAGUCAGAGGAUUGUACCAAAGGUUCCUUUCUGUUUUACUGGGGAAGAAUAUGCAUAUUGUUGUAGAUCUAUUUCAUUUUCAGUUGUCUAUGCAAUAAUAAAAAAAACAACUAAAUU